AUGAGCAUCCACCAGCCCCAAGACUUGCAAGGCACUGAAUACUGGAAUUAUGAUUUACCUCCAAUCGAAGUUGAGAAACCUGAUCCUGCACUCACGUUUCAACUUUCCCGAUUACAUCACCGAUCCCUAUAUUACAAUCCCAAUUAUCCUCACCCGCACGCUGAUCCUCGCUUUGCACGAAUUUCAAGUCCGCCACUUCAUGAUUGUUUUCCGUUGGAGAAUCCUGCGUAUCCGGCGAAUGAUGUUGAUUUUGAUGAAUGGACUGACUAUGCUGCUUAUUGUGGCUUGGAAGAUGCACCGGCGCUUGCUAAUAUUUUGUCGAAUGAAAAGAAUGCGAGCCUCCACAGGAAAUUCUUUACACCUCGAUCAGUAGAGCAAUUAGUAGAGUCUCUGCCUGAAGCUGUUGACCACGAAGCAAAUGCAGAAUUUACUCAUAUGCCGGAUGCGACUUCCCCCCAUGGCUCUCGACCCCAACUUCAAGUUCCGCACUCGCGCCCAUCACAACCUUCUGGUUACAUCAUAGAUUACGAUGGCUUUCAUCUCCAAGAAUCUAACCCAACGGUCCCAACCACAACCACAACCACAACAACAAAUCAGCAUCAGCAACAGCGCGGCGAGCAACCGCAAGCAAUCAUCUCCAGAACUUCACCAAGACCCUCAACACUAUCCUCUCUUAUAGUCGAGUUAGAAGAGCGAAGACACACAUUCACAAUAACACCCGCUCGACCUCAGAACCCAGCUUCUCUCAUAGUGAAGUUACAAUUACCAAGCGACAAGGUCGCCAAGAUUCUCGCGGAACCAACGACUGUCGAAAGCUCUGAAGAAGAAGAUGAUUUGGAGAAAGAUGAAGAUUAUGUUGAUAGCGAGAGUGAAAAGGCGGCGCGUAAGAAGGCGAAGACUUCUCGUUGA